AUGCCAGAGCACAUGGCUAUUAUGCUUGGAACUGCACAGGGAAGCUUCCGAAGCUCACCACAGGACACCAUAUGCAUUUACAACCCUUCCGAUGGCCUCGUUCGCAAAUCCCUUAGCGGUGGAGUUGCACAGAACCCUGCGCUCCGCCCGGGUGCCGGUUACGAGCCUGCGCAUACUGGUCAUACAUGCCACAGAAUGUUAACGCCCUCCCUCUCUGGUGACGUAUUCGCAAGUCCGAGUGCAAAACGAAUUUUGGCCGCCAUUGAGUUUGCUGUGUUCGAAAACGGCCCCACCCAUCGAGACGUGGUGGUCAUCAUCAACAAUUUUACUGGCAAUCGUUUGAACUUUGGUCUAGCUAUGGAGCAUGCUCGUGCGAAAUAUACGGGACUGAAGGUUGUGAGCGUGCUGAAUGCGGACGACAUUUCGCUUUUGCCCCAGACAAGGCGAGACAGGAAGGCCGUAGGGAUGGUCUGUCCGAGAGCAUCCGCUUCUUCAAGUGCCCCUAGUCCCACACUUUCACGUGCGAAGUGUCUUGGUGACGCGCUGGUUGUACAUCUGCGUAGCAUUGAUGGUGCACUCGGACAUUGUCAUGUUCCUGGACGAGAACCUCUUUCGGGUGUCUGCUGUGCAUUGUUUAAAUCCUCUUGUUGGCUCACCACCGAGAUAUUGUUGCACCUGGGGUGUCCACGUUUGAUGCUCAUGAGCCGUGGCUCCGCGAAGAUAAUGUCACUGUUGUUUAUGGACAAUCUUGGCGGUAUAUCGCAACUUGAAAUUGGCGCAGUAGUGGAAGAAGUUCGUGGCGUUCUUGCGUCGCAGAAGAUUGUUCCGUCUCGUGUCUACUGCGCUCCAUUGAUGACCUCGUUGAUAUUUACGAACUUAUUAAUGGUGAUUCAAGUUCCAUCCGCAUGGCUAGGACAUACUACUGAUAGAUUAUAUAUCGCUGCAGGCAACAACGAGGACGAUGAGAUCGACUUGCUCGCGCUCCUGGAUGCUCCAACGGGUGCCCAUUCCUGGCUUUGUGUACGUUCGUGGCUGGCUGUCAGGGCCACCCCUGCCGAGGAUGAAGCGCAGGUGGAGGCCUUGCUGCGAACCUUCACUUCUUCUCCCUCUGGAAUUUCUCAGUCUUCAUCUGAUGGGGAUUCGACUUGGCAAGGUUUGGGUAUUAGAUAUGCACGUCAAGCUGCGCUGGUUCCUGAGCCAGAUAUGACACAAUUUGACACGGUUGUGGGCGAUGGUGAUUGCAGAGAGACGUUCACUGGUGGCGCUAAAGCCGUUCUUGUGGCCCUCGACUCUGGGAUCCUCGAUCUAGCGAAGACAGUUCCUGUCGCAUUUGUUAGUGAGGUAAGUGAAAUGCUGGAAGGGAGCAUAGGUGGUACUGCUAGUGUUCCUUUUGCGAUCUUCUUCACAGCAUGGAAUACACAUACACGUCCGGGAAAUAGAAGCAUCGUUGACGCACUGCUACUAUUUUGUACUGUGCUUUCAUCAGAUGCUUCACUGGAAGAUGCUGUUAUGGCUGUGAUUCUGAAAGAAGGUGCGGAAAAGACCCGAAGAAUGAAGGCACGAUUAGGACGGGCAUCAUACGUGGGGGGUGGGGAAGGAAGGGAUAGUGUUCCUCCUGACCCCGGUACUUGGGGAGUAGCCAAUAUCGUGGUUGGGUUUGCAAAGGGUAUGGCUGUGUAAGCCCAUCCCUGGAACUUCAAUGUCAGGCAGUUUUCCUUUUUCGAAGGGCUAUGCAUCCUACACGUAACAUUGUGUGCACACCUUCAAGCUGUCGCCUUAAAGUAUUUAUGGACCUACAACUAGUGCUCAUACGGGACAUCCUGUAUGAGAUAACAAUUUUAUGUCCUGUGCGUGUCCUUGUGCCGUCGAUUCUCGUCGCAUCCUUUCCAUGUAUAGACAGGUUCUAGUAGGCUCUGGCAUCAGAAAAUAUCAGAACAACAGGAUUUGCCGAAUAGGUCAUCGCAGAUCUCUUCUGAUUGGUUGGUAUGAGUCUUACUAUGACCUUACUUCACAUUUGCAUAGGGAUGUCCCCAGAUGCGGCUGUCAAUGAACAACAAUCUCACCAACAGAUGAUUAUGCACUAAUUACUGUGUGUGCAGCAUCUCACGGCGCUCUCUCUGCAAGUGGUUUACCCUGAAUUCCAGCUUAA